AAACAAAGACAUGAGAAAAUGUUGACAAUCUGAAUAGGGGCUGGACGUGAGAUGGCUCAGAGGGUAAAGUUACUUGCACCAAGCUUAAUGACCCAAAUUCAAGCCCCCAGAUCCUACACGUAAGGAAAGAAUCGAAUCCCCGUAAGUUGCUCUCUGAUCUCCACACCGGUGCAAUGGCACAGCCCCUUCGCCCAAAAAUGUUUUUAAAACAUUAAAAAAAGAAAAUCUGACUCCAAAAUUUCUUCUGUACAGUAAAAAUAACAUGUACACAAGGUUUACACGACAAAUCAUAUAGUCAACUAAAAUGAAUUUACGAAACGCUUUGCUGUCAGCGGUAGAGCACUUGCUUAGUAUGCCCAAGGCCUUCAAUCCUCAUCACGAUCACAAAUAAACAGCCUGACAUCCAGUAUAAACAGAACUGUUUGGGGAACCGUUUUUAGUUUUUUACCAAGAGCAAACACCAUAAGACUGUCCAGAAUCCGGACGUGAUCUUGCGUGUAAAUCCCAUCCCGGAGGCGGCGGAGGCCAGAGAGGAGGUCGCUCACACUUAGAGUUUUCUUAAGGCGUGGCUCGCCGAGGGCGGCUGGAUGGGACUACGAUUCCCAGAAGGCUCAGUGCCGAACGUGCGCGGCCUCCCGACAGGCCUCGCGCGCUUCACCCGCCAGCUUUGGCCGGAUCCCGGUAGCGCCCAGGAUGGACCACGGCGAAGAGGCGGCGUCGGGGAGCGAGCGCAUCCACGUGCGUUCGGGCUCACUGCGGGCCGCCCCGCCGGCCACGCUGCACCUCUUGCCCUGCGAGGUCCUGGCGAGCCGCCCCGCCCCGGUGCAGCGCUUCUUCACGCCCGCCGUGCGCCGCGCGGCCGACGGGCUCCAGGUGUCGUUCCGUGGCCGCCGUCUGAGGGGCGAGGAGGUGCCCGUGCCGCCGGGCCUCGCGGGGUGCGUGCUGACGGAGGAGGGACAGGGCCCUGCCGGGGGGCCGCCGAGGCGCGACCUGGACCGCCUUCUCGGAGCCACCGGCAGCUUCAGGCACUUCACCCUGUGGAGUUUGGAGAUGCUCCCCGGCCCGGAUGCCAAAGUGCUCCGAGCCCUGGCCUGGCCCAGCCUCGCUGCAGCGGCCACCCAGCCGCUGUACAUUCAAAGUCCCGCAGUACCGGUGACUCCUGUUGCAGAUUCACGCACAGGUGCCUGAGGACUAAGAACCAGAGCAGGAAAAUUAAAGCCACUGGUCCCUUCAGUAAACCAGCAACGUGUUGACUUUGGAGCCACGGCUUCCACUACCCCAAUAAAUGAGCUCUUCACAGCACCUACCCAUCAGGAUCUCCAAGAUGGUCUGGGACCAGUAACUUCGAUAGGACAGAAGGCCAAGAUCUGACAGGGGCUUCUCCGGAGUCCCUGUCUUUCCUUCUACUUUAGAGAGUUCGUAGCCUAAAGCAAUGGAGCAGG